AUGACUGGCGGCCAGAAAGAGCACACGAAUGGUGAAGUCUUGACUAAUGGUCAUGGCAAGUCGGGCGUUGCUGUCCCUUCGUUGCAGGAUGGGUUCAUUGAUAUCCCAGAGACAGCAUCUUAUCCGACUGGAAGUCUCGACUUUCUUGCGAAAUUGCAGAAGCAAGAAGACAAACGAGCUUCCACUUCUGUUGAUGCUGAGGAGCCUUCAAGAGUUAAACUGAACAUUACCAUCGUCGGUGCAGGUCUGGGCGGGCUUGCGGCUGCUAUUGCCCUCACCCGAAAAGGUCACAAGGUCACGAUCUUCGAGCAGGCCCCUGAACUCGGCGAAGUGGGAGCUGGUAUUCAAAUCCCAUCUAAUUCAUCUCGACUGCUCAUCAAAUGGGGUCUUGAGCCUUUCCUGGCCGGGAAGAUCGUCAAGCCACACAACAUUGCCUUCCGGAGAUGGGAGAAUGGAAAAGCAAUCGGUCUCACUAAGCUCAUUCCACAGUUUGAAAGGGACUUCGAUGCUCCCUACUACGUCGUACAUCGAGCUCAUUUCCAUGAUGCCAUGUAUCGAUUAGCGCUCAAAUUGGGGAUUGAUGUCAAGAUCAACUCGAGAGUUAAUGAGUACGAUGAAGCCUCUGGUUCAAUAACGCUAGGGAACGGAGAGUCUUACUCGGCAGAUCUUGUGAUUGCAUCUGAUGGAUUAAAAUCAGUAGCACGACAGAUUGUGCUAGGCGGAGUUGACCAAGCACCGAGGAGAACAGGCUUCGCGGCUUAUCGUGCCACGGUUGAUGUCGAGAAGAUGAAAGCAUACCCAGAUACUGCAGAGAUCCUGGCCAAGCCGAAUCUGAAUCUAUGGGUCGGAGACCUGAGACACGUCAUGACAUACACGAUAGCAGGCGGAAAGGCAUUUAACAUGGUGUUGUCACAUCCGGACCGGUCAGAUCCAAGUACAUGGAACUCACAGAGUCCCGACAAGAUCUUGUCGGGCAUGCGGGAGCAUUUCAAUGGCUGGGAUCCCACCCUCCGCAAGAUCAUCGAUAUGAUCGAGUCUACUAUGAAGUGGCCCUUGAUGAGCGGCUCGACCCUCAAGAAGUGGAUAUCGUCAUCCGGCAGAUUGCUGAUAAUGGGCGAUGCGGCACAUGCCAUGGUGCCGUAUAUGAGCCAAGGUGCUGCUAUGGCCGUCGAGGACGCGGCUGCUCUUGCGGAAGCAAUUCAUCUGGCAAAGAACAAGUCAGAUCUGCCGCAGGCUUUGCACGUCUGGGAGACCGUCCGUCGCGAACGAAGUGGUCAGAUGCAGGAAGCCAGCUUGAUCAAUGGAAAGCUGUGGCAUUUUGCCGACGGUCCGUUGCAGCAGGCGCGAGAUGAAGGAAUGGCACCAGAAGUUGACGGUCGAGAUUUUGUUUCAAGUCCGAACCAGUGGAGUGAUCCCACGACGCAGCGCUGGUGUUAUGGUUAUGAUGCGGAAGCGGAAAUCAGGAAGGCAUUUUCAAGGACGUCUAAGCUGUAA